AUGAUAAUGGACCAAGCCUCUGAAACUGCGGCCACUGCACCCGCUGGCGUGGAAAACAGUACUGGCUAUGCGCUGAACACAGACUUCGUACCCACCAUCUCAGUAGGCAAGGCUUCUCCAGCCACAGCAGGCCUUGGGCCUGGGCGACAGCUGGCCAAGCUGGCCCUCAUCUUCAGCCACAUGCACACGGAGCUGAAGGCACUCUUCCCUGGGGGGAAAUACUGUGGACACCUGUACCAGCUCAGUAAGGACUCUGCCCACACCUUCUGGAGGGAGCGCUGUGGAUUCCGGUGCUUGCUUCCCUGGGCAGAGUUUCAGUGCCUUCUUUGCGCUUGCCACCCUGUGGAACCUGGCCCCACCAUGCAGGCUUUGCGUUCCACCAUGGACCUCACCUGUAACGGCCACGUGUCUGUCUUUGAGUUUGACAUCUUCACAAGGCUCUUCCAGCCGUGGCCCACCCUGCUCAGGAACUGGCAACUCCUGGCUGUCAAUCAUCCUGGCUACAUGGCAUUCUUGACCUACGAUGAGGUCCAGACACGCCUGCAGGCCUGCAGGGACAAACCAGGCAGCUACAUCUUCCGACCCAGCUGUACUCGCCUGGGGCAGUGGGCUAUUGGUUACGUGAGUUCCGAUGGCAGCAUCCUCCAGACCAUUCCUCUCAACAAACCCCUGUUCCAGGUGCUCCUGAAAGGACAAAGGGACGGCAUCUACCUCUACCCUGAUGGCAAGAGCCACAACCCAGACCUGACUGAGCUAUGCGAGGCAGAACCCUACCAGCGCAUUGUCGUGUCGGAGGAGCAACUGCAGCUCUACGAGGCCAUGAACUCCACAUUCGAACUUUGCAAGAUCUGCACCGAGAGGGACAAAGACGUGAGGAUCCAGCCUUGCGGGCACCUUCUCUGCAACCACUGCCUGACUGCCUGGCAGCAGUCGGACAGCCAGACCUGUCCCUUCUGCCGUUGUCAGAUCAAAGGCUUCGAGGCUGUGAGUAUCUGUCAGGCACAAGAGAGGUCAGCAGAGGUCAGGACCACUGCAGAGGACUCAAGGGACAACUAUCACCAGAAGACAGCACAAUGGGAGCUGGAGCCACAGGUGACUCCCUCUGGGCCUCCACUGCCCCCUGAAGAUCCAUCCCCUAGGACAUCCCAAGACAAAGGCUGGCUGACAGUGGCACCCAUCACCCUGCCCAGACUCCGAGCUCCACUUCCUUUACCAAAAAUGGCCUCGGUCCUGUGGGAAGUCACUGACAGGCCCCAGGCCAGGCAGGGGGCCACAGAGUAA